UGACCAUUUAAGACGCCAAAGCGGGCUCCUGUCAUUCCGGAAUGGUGGAUCUCGCUCCUCCUCUUGUUCUCGCUCUUUCUCUCUCUGCAUUUUGAGGAUUUUCCAUUUUAGAGGAAGAAUAACAGAGGAACGUGUUGACGCACGGUUGUUGGGUUGUUUGAAUGGAUGGUUGGAUUCUCGUCUUUUAACCUGUUUUUCUUCCAAUGAAAGUUCUUCUGUAUUGAGUAGUAUCCCGCCAGUUGGAUCGGAAAUGGCGUCUUCCCAAGUUCAAUUCGCCUCGUCUUCUUCCCCAUUCGGCCAUGUUCUUAGAGAUCACAAUCGCCAGGACCGAUGCAGAGAAAGCGACACCAGAGCUGCUCACGCUGCUUUUGAGAAGAACCUCAAAGAAUUGGUCCGAGAUCACCUCCACACCUGCAUUUCAAUCUCUGCUUCGCCGCCGGCCGGAGGCUCCGGUUCCUGCUCCUACGAAAACUCUCAACAUGACAUCACGAAUCCCAACUUGCGCCUUACAAGCAAGAAUAUUAAUGCUGCAAAAAAUAUUCAGGCGUCGCCGUCAGUUAUAAGCCCAAGGCAUUCGCACAUUCUGGAUCGCUGGGCGGCUAGGCAAGCUCAGGAAAUGAUUACCACAAUUGAGAGGCAGAGCAACGAGGCAGAGCUCGUGGCUCUGUCCAAUUCGCAAACUGUGUCAUCAAGAACAUCGACGUUAAUGAGGGAGAGUUCUCCGGCUCCGUCGGAUAGCUCUGUUGAAAUCCCGAAUCUGGGAGCUUCUUCCCUUGUUCAGAAAUGGAGAGAUUUUGAGGCUGAGACAAAGCUUAAUCAUUCCAACAGCUUCAAUUCAAAUUCAGGCAGAACCUGUUCUGGACAAUGCCACAAUGAAAGCCGUACCUCCUCUGCUGAUGAAAGAGAUGAAAGCCUUCGGUUGAGUCAGGAGUCGUCUUUUACCGAUUGGGAGUCUGAUAGAGUAGUGCCAAGUGAGAUUCAUUCUUCACCACAGGGCCGGGAUUCGGAUGCUGGCGAAAGCGAGAGGAUCAGAGUUGCCGAUAUCGUGAGGAGGCUGACAACGGAUAAUGAUCAUGAUGCAAAUGAUUCAGUCUCGAGAGAACGUUUGCCCAUGUUGGAACAAUUGGAAAGGAGGAGUUUCACGCAGGCUGUAAAUUCUCCGCGGAUAAGAGGGCGGCAAGCAUAUAAUGAUUUGCUGAUGCAAAUGGAGCGGGAUAGGCAGAGGGAGCUUGAGGGUCUGGUUGAGCGUCGAGCAGUUUCGAGGUUCCCACAACGAGGCCGCAUUCAGUCAUUGCUCCGGCUUAGGUUCUUACACCGUGCAAUAGGAGUUGAAGAACAACGGAGUCCACAUGCGACAACAUUUGAAUCAAAGCAAUUACCACAAAGAUCUAGCAUUAUGCUGCUUAGGGAGAGAUUUAGCACUGGAGUUGCUCAUGAAGGUGGGACAGGCACAGUUGGUGAUGCAAACUUGAGAAGCCCUCACGGAAAUGUGGUAAAUAACAUGUUGUAUUUGCAAGAUCCGUCUACCUCCAGUCAACUCAAUGAAGAUUAUUAUCGGGAAACUGAGCGGCAGAAUCAUAGGAAUGUAAUAACUAACGUUCUGGAUUUGCAAGGUCCAUCUACAUCCAACCAACUCAAUGAAGAUGAUUAUCAGGAAACUGAGCAGCAGAAUCAUAGGAAUGUAGUAAGUAACAUGCUGGAUUUGCAAGAUCCAUCUACCUCCAAUCAUCUCAGUGACGAUGAUUAUCAGGAAACUGAGAAGCAGAAUAAACCAUCAGGACAAUGUUCUGGGUCAUAUACACUAGAAGAACUUCAUCCAGAAGCAAGCCAGAGUUCAGAUGUCACAUGCCAAGGAACACGCUCAAGCAUCAGCAAUUCUGACAAACAAGAAAGUCCAGGCACACCAAUGUUCUUGAAUAUUUGGGAGGAGAAUGUGAUUGAUGAAGAACAAGAUGCCAGUUAUCAGCAACUAUCAGGAGCUAAUUAUGAUUGGUUCAGUGAUAUUUCCCGCCCGCAAAGAGAUUGGGAAGAUCUGAGGCAAGCACGGUAUCAAGAGAUGCUUGAUAGCGCAUCAGACAAUGAGGAUGUACGGCAGCUGCUUGAAAGAAGACGAGUAACAUCUUUUCUUUCAAGUGACUUCCGAGAAGCAAUGGACCAUUUGAUGGUGUCUUUCUUAGAAAGACAAAUGCGUCCAAUGGACAACCAAGAAGGAGGCGGAGAAGGAGAAGCUAGAGAAGGACGAAGAGGAGGAGAAGAAGAAGAAGGUGGAUGCCAAAAAAGAGGUGGAGAAGUACUAGGACUAAGAGGAGAAGAAGCAGAGGAGGUGGAGGAGGAGGAGGAAGAAGAAGAAGAAGAAGAAGAAGAUGCUGAUGAUGAGGAAGAAGAAAGUCCAAUAGGGCGUCAAUAUCAUGAUGUUAGUGAUUAUUCUGAUCAAACUGCAUCAUCAAUUCAAAUGCCUUUACCAUCUCUCUUGGAGCCAUGGAGCCAUUAUCAUGACAAUGAAGUUGGUGAUGGUUCCUGUCGAGCUGCCUUUGAGCCUUUGCGUCAACCUUUGCCAUGUCAGUUUUACAACCAUGACAACCAGCAAUGCUCUUCUUGCACAAAUCAUCCAGCCAUUGAGAUGGAACUAAUAUAUGAUUUGAGAAACCAUAUGGAGCAACUCCACUAUGAGAUGUCCGAGCUACAAAAGUCAAUAAAGAACUGCAUGGAGAUGCAAGUGAAAUUGCAGCACUCCAUCAAACAGGAAGUUCCAACUUGUGCAAGUCAUUCAAGUGCAGCCAAGGAGAAGAAAUCAACCUGGAAGGCACCAAGGAAAGGCAAUUGCUGUAUUUGCUAUGAAAUGCAGGUUGACUCACUUUUGUACAGUUGUGGGCACAUGUGCACUUGUCUAAAGUGCGCCCAUGAGUUGCAAUGGAGGAACAGAAAAUGUCCGAUAUGUCGAGCUCCGAUAGUCGAUGUUGUUCGAGCAUAUAUUGAAUCGUAAGGCAUCGGUAUACAAGUUCUCACUCCCGAGAGCCCCCAUUUUUUGGAAAACAAAUUUCAUGCAUCCUCAAUUUGGAAACAGAUAUUUGUUUUUUUUUAAUUGGUUAAUGCAAGGCCUGGCAGCCCCUUUUAUUUUCUGUACAUGCCAAGUUCUCAUUCAAAUGAAUUCAUUCUACUUGAAAUACUAGAUUUCCCUUUAGAAAA